AUGGAUCUGAUCCGGAGGGCGUCCAGGAUGGCCUCAUCGGCCCAGCCGUUGCGGCUACCGACUCUCGACAACGAAAAGCGAGGAUCACCGAAGCGAAAGGGCCUCGCCUCGCAGCUUGCAUUUUUCCGUCGGCCUCUGCGCCUGCGCGGCAACUCGACCGUCUCCGUACCGCUCGGCGUCGUCAUCGUCUUUCCGCUCCUCGUCAUCGUUUUGAUUCUCGUUUUGUUCGUCAGGCAUCCGAGCUCGCCUGGUAGGAUACUCAUGCCUGCUGGUGCGCCGCCGGCGAUCCGCAAAAUCAGCGAAAAGCACGACAAGGUCUUCGUGACUGGUUGCCUCGACCCGGAUACCAGCACGCCCCGCGCCAAUGCCGCGUUCGUCGUCCUCGCCAGAAACAAGGAGCUGGAUGGCGUCAUCCAGUCCAUCAAGUCGGUCGAGCGCCACUUCAACCGCUGGUAUCACUACCCCUACGUCUUUCUCAACGACGGCGACUUCGACGAUCACUUCAAGGAGGUCGUCCGAAACUACACGUCUGCCAACGUCGAGUUCGGCAAGGUUGGACCCGACAUGUGGGGCUUCCCUGACUGGAUUGAUCCCAAGGUUGCCAAGGAGGGCAUCGCCAAGCAGGGAGACGCAGCCGUCAUGUACGGUGGGCUGGAAAGUUAUCAUGCCAUGUGCCGCUUCUACUCCGGGUUCUUCUUCAACCAUGAGCUUCUGCUCAAGUACGACUGGUACUGGCGCGUCGAGCCCGAGAUUACCUACUUUUGCGACAUCACCUACGAUCCGUUCCUGAAGAUGAUCGAGAACAACAAGACGUAUGGCUUCACCAUUGCCGUCAAGGAGCUUCGAGAGACCGUCCCCAACAUCUUCCGAUACGCGUCGGCCUACAAGCGACUCAACAACAUUACCUCGCAGGGACUGUGGGAGAUGUUCGUCGAGCCUCAAGACCCCAAGAAGGAGGAGAACAAGGACCCCAAUCUCCCCGAGGAAGUCCUGCAGAACGACCCGAAUAGGCACGCCGCGCCCCCCAUCGACCCCGAGGCUAUGGAGGGUGAAAAGUACAACAUGUGUCACUUCUGGUCCAACUUUGAGAUUGCGCGGCUCGACUGGUUCCGCAGCAAGGAGUACAACGAUUUCUUUGAGAUGAUGGAUCGCAGCGGUGGCUUCUGGAUGGAACGAUGGGGUGAUGCCCCCAUCCACUCCCUCGCUGCCGGCGCUCUUCUCGGCCCCAAGGACAUCCACUACUUCCGAGACUUUGGCUACAGGCACACCACCAUCCAGCAUUGCCCGGCGAACGCCCCCGCCAGACAGCUCCCGCGCACGCCCUACCUCGAGACGACGACGCUCGACGAGAAGAAGCGCAUCGAGGAGGAUCAGUACUGGGAGAACUACGACGAGCCCAAGGAGAACGGUGUCGGCUGCCGCUGCAGAUGCGACACUGAUAUUGUGGAUGUCGAGGGCAAGGAGGGCUCGUGCCUGGCUGAGUGGGUCGAUGUCGCCGGCGGUUGGGCGAGUCCCUAA